UUACCCGUUUCGACACAAGCACAGAUCGCCAAAAUGGAGAACGCAGGCAUUAUCAACCUAGCCGAGGUGGCCUUGGAGGCCUUGAAGCGUGAGCAGUUGCGGCAAAAACUACAUCGCCGACGCAUGGAGCGUUGGCGGAACUUACGAAAGGAAGAGCUGGCAACCAUCCGUGACGAGAGAAAGCGCCUCGAAAAAAAGUUGGAGCAGCUCCUAAAAUCAGCUCAAGCAACAUUCUUUCAAUUGUCGCCAGAAUCGAUGGCUGCGGCCUUGCAUCGUGUCACCAUCGAGCGAACAGUGUUACACCAGGACAACCUACGGUUGAAAGAAGCGAUCAUGCACCAACUCGACAUCGAAAGUAAGUUAAAGCGCGAAACAGACAAGUUUUUCAGCGAACUACAAGAAUCGUCCGAACUUUCGACAACCGCGAGGCGACUCGCUCAAGACGGCAAAGGGUGGUGGGUGCAUUUCCCGAAUGGUGAGCCGUCCUUCUUCUUCACGCCACUUUCGCAGGGCGCGUUUGCGGAUAAGUUGAAGCAGCAGGAGGAUGAAUUUGCGAAGCGCCAAUUGUGCGCCGUUACUAUCGGUGACGCGUUUGGUUGGAAAGUGGAUUACGUGCCACCAUUCCGACAAGAGUCUGGCACAUUGAUGGCACAUGCGCGCUUUUCAAGGCGACUUCGUUGCUCAUUCGACCAUGCAUACAAUACUCUACUACGACUAGACACGGACGAUUGGCCAAUGGUUAUUUCUCCUCGAAGCUUCGGGCGCGAACAGCGCGGUGAUUUCUACUGCCAGCCACUCCAGAGGUUUGGUAAGGAUGACCUUGUUCUAGUGUGCAACAUUCCAGGCGAUGUCCAUAUUCGGUACAUUGCAGUCGCACAAAACGCCUUGUCGGUGUUUCCAGACGGUAGACGAAUUGUUAGGCACUGCGCGAUGCUCGUGGAUUCUGCAGAGAAUGCGCGCUGUCGAGAAGCGGAAGGACCACAAGAAGACGUGCUAUGGGUCUUCGAUGGAGGGGAAGUCUGCACCAUCAAGGAGGCGGACGACAACUCAAUUGAUGUCGUGUAUGACCAUUGGUCCGAAUGCCUGAGUGAAGAGAAUGGACGGGAGCUAUAUGUCGACUGGAUUCGCUACGCGGUUCGCUUAGAAGAGUACGUUGCACCGAUCCGGAUGCUUCACGGCUAAAGUGUA